AAUGGGAAAAAUUGGGGUAUUUUUUGCUAUAUUUGUAAUUGGAACUGGUUCUGCUGGUUCGAAAGCUUUGAUACCUUCAUUGGGAGCUGAUCAAUUCACGACUGAUCAGUUAUCGAAAAGAGAGCUUUUCUUUUCGUUUUUCUAUAUGGCUACUAAUAUUGGUUCGUUUAUAUCAACAAUCGCAACUCCUAUAAUGAGAUCAAGGAAAUGUUAUGGAGAUAAUUGUUUCCCUUUAGCUUUUGGAGUAGCUACUGCUAUGCUGUUUGUUGGUAUUACGAUAUAUUUUUCCUUCUCAAAGUAUUAUAAAAAAUUACCACCAACGGGUGAUUUAAUAUCUAAACUUAUUGGAUGCAUCUAUACUGCUAUUAAACAUAAACUUGAUAGAACCACCAAAGGAGAUUAUGAUCAUUGGCUAGAUAGAGCUGCACAUAAAUACACUGGAAACUUUAUGAUUGAACCAGAUAUGAUGGGAGCAUUAAAUCCUUUUUUCGUCGUUAUCUUGAUACCUUUCAUCGAACUUGUACUAUAUCCUGUAUUGAAUAAACUCGCAAUACUCCAAAAGCCUAUUGAAAGAAUGAGUUUUGGGAUGUUUCUUGCCGCACUUUCAUUUGUUCUGGGAGGAAUUUUACAAAUACAAAUUAAUAAAACUCAAACCCAAGAAAUAAAUAGUCAAUGGUCCGAAGUUCAAUUUCAAAAUGCUUUUCACAAUUGUUCGUUAGGAAUUGAAUUUAAUAAUAUUAACUAUAAAUUAGAUUGGAAGGAGAUAACAGAAAAAACGAAAAUUAAAUCACAAAAUUCUUAUUUGACUAAAAUUAACGCUUCUAAUUGUGGAAUUAAUAACGUAAAUGUAAUAAAUAUUACGGGUAAAGAGAAGCAAAGAAACACGUGGUUAUUAUAUGCUGAUAGUAAUAAUAAUGGAUUAAAAUCUUUGCAAUUGGAACAAACAAGUUUGGAGAGAGUUUUUGAUGGAAAAUUUAAAGCAAGAUUUAUUAAUUUAAUAGGCAGAAAAAUAGAAUUGCAAUUUAAUGGUGAAGGUAGUUCGGAUCAGCAACAUUUACUCAAACUUGAGAACGAAGUAUCAACUCCUUAUACCGAAUAUGGACAUGGAAAAUUCGACAUUCGUGUUGAUAACAAAACUAUAAAUGAAAGAUUUCUAUUUCGGUCAGGAGUAGUUAGUACAGUUGUUAUACAAUCUUCAUCAAAGGAUGAUGACGGUAUUAUUUAUAGCGUUAUAACGGAUGAUAUUAAACCUCAUACAAUAAGAAUUUUCUUUAUGAUUCCACAAUAUUUUUUUUUAAGUAUGGCAGAAUGCCUAUUUUCCAUUUCUGGUUUAACAUUUGCCUAUUCUCAAGCGCCAAUAAGUAUGAAGGCAAUGAUUCAAGCAUCGUGGUUCUGGACAAAUGCUUUUGGUAAUUUAUUAGUUGUUAUUUUAUCAAAGAGUGUAAAAUUUUCGAAUUUUGCAAUCCAAUUCUUUUUAUAUGCUGGUUUAAUGAUUGUUGCAAUGCUUAUCUUUAUCUUUCUAUCCUGGGGAUACAAGUAUAGAAAAGAAGAUAAUUUAGAAGAAACUGUACAAGAAAAUGAUCUGAAGAAUGAUAAAAUGGAAAUUGACCAGUACUCAUAUGAAAAUAAGGGUGCAAAUAUUGACAAUGACAUACUCUAUACGUUUUAA